AUGGGUAUCGGACCACCACGUUUAGACAAGUACAUGAGAAUUCUCUCUCGACUCUUUGAGUUCCUUGCCCUCUUUCAUAUCCUUAAAAGAGCCAACGGUCCCCAUACCGCCGUCUCCCGACCCCCUACAGACCUGCAAAGCGCAAGAAGAAGGUUUCUUUCAACUCUUGAGUCUCGGGACAAUGGUGUGGUAUUUUGGAUUGCGUCGAACGUGUCGCCAAAUGAUAGCGUUGUCGCGUUUCUCUCUACUGUCUUAGAAGAUUUACGAAGAGAACCAAACUCUACGGAAACAGAAAGAGAAACGCUGAUAGCAAUGUUAACAGUUAGAUCCAUCCAAUUUGCUGCUUCAAGGUUAAGAAAAGAACGUGGAAUGCUAAAUCGGGCUACGCGUUUCUGCGAGACUUACUUAACAGCCAAUCUCGACACUAUUCAGACACCUGGAGUUGCCGCUCUACUAGACUGGUUACCCCAAUUCUCCUCUGCCACAACCGACCCUUUAAUCCUUUGUCGGGCUGCUUACAAUGCUCGCCACGCUCCUCAGAUAGCAACAUUAGAGGCUCUACGACAGGAGAUGAUAGUAGCUCCGCAAGGAACAGCAGAAGCAUUUCGUUCUGUCAAGCAUCUCGUUGGCCGUCUAGCUGAGAAGAUUCGCACACCUGCUAAUCUCGUUAAUGACUCGCUAUUACUGAGACCUCUUCUGGACUCCUACGAAAUCAGAAGAGUACAAGCCCCAGUCGCAGCAAAGAUACCUAUGACAGAUGGCUUAAGAAACUUGGAUUCAAUAAUCAGAAGAAUGCUUCCUGCUGACGAUCCACGCCUAGAGGACCUGCAAGUCUAUCUAGGACAAUUAGAUGGCUCAUUGGGGCUUGAAGAUGCGAUCAGGGCUAUAUCUGACGACGAGGAAAGACAGCACAAUGUCCACGCGGAGAUCCAAAUGCUCGAAGAAUUUCAUCGAAAUCAACGCAAAUUUGUGGCACAUGAUCGUUACAUAGCCUGCAGCAAGCUUGCAUGCUUCUGCUGCAAAUUAUACUUCAAAUGGCAUCCUGGUAGAUUUGUGGAGCCCGAAUGUCAUCAAAAGACAUAUCUCAACUGGCGUCCUAUCGAUCUACCUGAGCGCGUGGAGAGCAAGUACUGGCCAGAUCAACGCCGUGUUUUGGCAAACCUUAGCAAAGAGCUGAGCAACCUUGUCGAGGAGCAGAUUAUUACCCAACAACAACCAACCCCAUGGCAUCCAGACUCGAUAACGAACAUCACUGCGGUCAUGGGAUCUGUCGCAAUUUCUGAAGUUGGAGAAGUAUUUGAGAGCGGUGAUGGAGAAAGUGAUGUUACAGAUUCCGAUUCACUAGCGCAUCUCAAUGAUGAUGAGACUGUUGAUAACACUGAUAAUGAGUCUGGAGAGAGUGACGAGGAAUCGGAUGGAGGUGUAGGUUUGGGUUAUUGA